GUGCAGCGUAUAUGUGGACAAAACCGGAAAAAGAAAAAAGAGGGGAUCUUGUUGCUAGGAUACAGCGAGUUAGCCAAACAGGGAGUGAAGCCUGUUUUCGGCAAUGCAGUUUCGCAUUCAGUUUUUUUCACAAAGCUAUCGAGUUAAUGAAAUAAAAUGGAUUUGAAAAUAAAGGUGGCACAGGCUCUGAAAGUUAAAAUCAUGCUGUGGACAGAUGUAAGCUACCAUGACAUGGAGCAGAUCGACAACAUGCAGUCCAUUCCUGAUCUUGAGAGUGCUUUAUGCAGUGUGUUUCAAGUUGACCUCCCUGAACCAAAACAAGGGGUUCUCAUGGAGCUGUAUGUCCAGACUGUGCUUUUUUGCAGACAGUGCAGCUUUAAAAAGGAACAAACUUCUGCUCUCCUGUCCAUCAUCAAGUCCAUCCAUGAGGCUAACAUAGAAACACCACUCAACAACAUACAGCAGUGUUUCACAUACUGCAAGGAGCUUCUCCUCUGUCAUUCAGUCAGGCGACCUCCUUUUAGUAUCAACCUCUUCAGCUUUAAGGAGGCGACCUGUAUCUUGGAGUACAUCCACAACAGCUACAUGAGACACUACAAACUCUACAAAUAUAUUUUCACCCCACAGGUUAAACUUGAUUUGUCUUUGACUUAUUCUGGGAUCCCAGACCAGGAGGAGUCUUUUGCUCCAGCUGAAAAUGUUAUAGAAGAAACACAGCUGGUACCAAAGAAAGACGGGUCUCCUGAAGCACAGGAAACAUCCAUCACAGAGCCAGGAGGAGCCACACUCAGUUCCACAUCAGAACUGAAGACACUGAUAGAGAAGGAAGUCAGAGAGCAGAUGAUGCUUGUGUCUGGACAACUAAAUCAGCGAAUGAAAGAAAUUGCUGAUCAGCACAUUGGUGCAUUAUACUCCCCACAGACCAACCAAAAGGUCAAAAAAUAACGGGUAAUAAACAUU